UUCAAGAUCUAAACGAUGCCUUACUACACGCACGCCGAGGAUGAAGUCACUGACUUCGAAGAGUACGAUCCGACGCCGUACGGCGGGGGAUACGACAUUUACCUGACCUUCGGCCGUCCUCUCGACCCGUCCGACGAGACCUGCCACCCCAACUCAUCGCCGACUGAUGAUUUCGAUUACGAUCGCCCCCAGUUCUCGUCGUACUCCGAGCCCUCCGCCUACGCCGACGAGGCUCUCGAAGACGAGUACACACACUACGCCCGACCGGCGCACCGACCCGGACCAGCUGUCGGGUUCAAUCCCGGCGGGGGACAUCCAGAGGGAGAGUACGAAGGAAGGCCCCAGCCGGCCUAUGGUUUCCAGCCUGGUGGGGAGGAGAGGCCCGAGUUCGGAUCCGAGAGGCCUGAAUCGGGUUAUGGUCGGAAGCCCGAGUAUGGACAAUCCGGUUCGGAAUACGGCUCUGGGUACCAACGAAGGCCCGAAGCUGAUGAGCCCAGCUCCGAAUACACUGGGUACGGUCGGAAGCCGGAACACGAGGCGCUCGAAUCGGAGUAUGGAUCUGGGCACGGGCGAAAGCCUGAGUAUAAAGCACCCGAACCCGAGUAUGGAUCUGGGUACGGGAGAAAGCCCGAGAAUAAGGCACCCGAACCCGAGUAUGGAUCUGGGUACGGGAGAAAGCCCGAGUAUAAGGCACCCGAACCCGAGUAUGGAUCUGGGUACGGGAGAAAGCCCGAGUACGAGGCACCCGAGUCCGAAUAUGGAUCUGGGUACGGGCGAAAGCCUGAGUUUGAGGCACCGCCAGCUGAAUUCGGAUCUGAGUAUGGUCGCAAACCCAGCUACGGUGAGGAAUCUGGUUAUGGCGAAGAGCCACCGAGAAAGCCGAGCUAUGGUGAGGAGGGUAGUUAUGGCGAAGAGCCGCCGAGAAGGCCAAGCUAUGGGCAGCCCAGCUAUGAGACACCAGAAAGCGAGGAGAGGCCGAGCUAUGGGAGGACCGAGUUUGAGAGGCCGGGUCACGGCGAAGAGCCGCCGCGGAGGACCGGCUAUGGAGAUGAGCCGCCACCGCCGAGGAGGACCGGCUAUGGAGAUGAGCCGACCGGUUAUGGAGAUGAGCCGCCACCGCCGCGGAGGACCGGCUAUGGAGAUGAGCCGCCACCGCCGAGGAGGACCGGCUAUGGAGAUGAGCCGCCACCGCCAAGGAGGACCGGCUAUGGAGAUGAGCCGCCACCGCCGAGGAUGACUGGUUAUGGAGAUGAGCCGCCACCCCCGAGGCCUAGCUAUGGGAGGCCCAGCUAUGAGGGCCAGGAAAGUGGGGAGUAUGAGAAGCCCAGCUAUGGGAGGAGCGAGGAGCAGGGGUACGGUGAAGAAGGCUACUGGUCGCAAGAAAUAUGGAAAUGACGACUCAGAUGACGAUGAGGAGAAAAAGCAGCGCCGCCACAAGCACCACCACCAACGCAAGAGCUAUGACGAUGAGUGAUCAUAAUACUUACUGCCUUAUUAACGGGAGAUCCAUGCCGAACUUUAGCUACUAAAUAAAGGGGUUUCGGCAUGUUUUCCUUUGAGUGGUAUUGUGUUACAUGUGUGAGUGUGUGUUCUAAACGCUAAACGGAGGCUAUCCGAAUUCAAGCGUGCGGUCGUGUGUGCAUCGUUGCUCCGCAAUAAUCAUACUUAAAACCGGAUUGGAUUGUAUUUAGUCCAUUAAUUUAUGUGUGUUAAGUUUAUCUAUGAACCUUUUAUUGCUA